ACAUGGUAUGAUGUACUGGAAAAUUGCCGCGGCCUUCUUCUACCACAAAAUGAUAGAGGUCUUAUCCAAUCGCGACGCCAAUAGAAACAUGUCCACGCCCGGUUUUGGCUCUUGGAAGUGCCUGGACUAAUCAGCGCUCGCCUCCGUGUGUUCAGCCAUUUUGUAAGAAAAUCAAGCAAGUCUGCCGCCCUACCUUCCCCUUAGACCUGCCGUUUUUUCUUGUGCAAUGGACGGCCGCCUAGACGCUGACUUGUACCCUCUGGGAUCCGGCUACGUCCCUGAAAUCGACAGUGUCCAUGACAUAUCAGUUGGCACAAAGAGGGGAUCCGACGAACUCUUUUCUUCCUGCAUAUCCAACGGGCCCUAUAUCAUGAACUCAGCCAAUGGCAACGACAGCAAAAAAUUCAAAGGUGACGUGCGCAGCCCUGGUGUUCCGUCACGUGUGGUCCAUGUACGCAAACUGCCCAGCGACAUAAAUGAGGCUGAGGUUAUUGGCCUGGGACUGCCUUUUGGGAAGGUCACCAAUCUGCUGAUGCUGAAAGGGAAAAACCAGGCGUUCUUGGAACUGAACAGUGAGGAGUGUGCACAGACAAUGGUGAGCUACUACUCCUCUGUCACACCUGUCAUCAGAAACCACCCCAUUUACAUGCAGUACUCAACCCAUAAGGAACUCAAGACGGAUAACUCCCCCAACCAAGUGCGUGCCCAGGCAGCUCUGCAAGCAGUCAAUGCACUGCAUGGAGGUGGGAUGGGAAGCAUGGCCAUUUCUGCUGAUGCAGGUAGCAUUGGAGGAGCAACAACCCAAAGCCCUGUACUCAGAGUCAUAGUGGAAAACCUCUUCUACCCUGUCACCCUGGAUGUCCUUCACCAGAUCUUCUCCAAGUUCGGAACUGUGCUAAAGAUUAUCACUUUCACUAAGAACAACCAGUUCCAGGCUCUGAUCCAGUACGCAGAUGGCUUAACAGCUCAGCAUGCUAAACUGUCUCUGGAUGGACAGAACAUCUACAAUGCCUGCUGUACCCUGAGAAUCAGCUUCUCCAAGCUCACCAGCCUCAAUGUCAAGUACAACAACGACAAGAGCAGGGACUACACCCGACCAGACCUCCCCACUGCUGACUCACAGUCCUCCAUUGACCACCAGACAAUGGCGGCAGCAUUUGCUGCACCAGGUAUAAUCUCGGCCUCUCCUUAUGGUGGAGCUCAUGCCUUCCCCCCAACCUUUGCCUUCCAGCAGGCAGGACUGUCGAUGCCUGGUAUUCCCAGUUCCCUGGCGUCGCUGGGUUUGACCCGAUUAGGCCUGUCUGGCCUUGGUGCUACUGGAGGGCACAAUGUCUUGUUGGUCAGCAACCUGAAUCCUGAGAGCGUUACGCCACACUGCCUCUUUAUUCUUUUCGACUGUGUUGGCCUUGUCUUGUAUUGUGACACGUGCCUCUUUCCGAAGAUCCUGUUCAAUAAGAAGGAGAAUGCUCUGGUCCAGAUGUCCGAUGGCACACAGGCUCAGCUAGCCAUGAGCCACCUGAAUGGCCAGCGGCUUCAUGGGAGGGCCAUGCGUGUGACAUUGUCGAAACACACCAUGGUGCAGCUGCCCAGAGAAGGCCAUGAGGACCAGGGCCUCACAAAAGACUACAGCAACUCACCACUGCACCGUUUCAAGAAGCCUGGAUCCAAAAAUUACUCCAACAUCUUCCCACCCUCUGCAACACUCCACCUGUCCAAUAUACCGCCUUCUGUGGUGGAAGAUGACCUCAGGAGGCUGUUUGCCAGCUCAGGAGCCACAGUCAAAGCCUUCAAGUUUUUUCAAAAAGACCGCAAGAUGGCCCUGAUCCAGAUGGGCUCAGUCGAGGAAGCGAUUGAGUCCCUCAUCGAGUUCCACAACCACGAUCUGGGAGAGAACCACCACCUUCGAGUGUCCUUCUCAAAGUCCACCAUUUGAGUGCCUUUGCUUCCUCCCUCCACGUCUGUUGCCAUCUGAAUGCCACUUUUUUCAAAGUUGCCUUCAGUGGAAAUAGCCACCACUGUAGAAUGUUGCUCCUUUUAACCCAUCUUCCUAGUUAUUCCCCAUCAUAGUUUUGGAUUUAAUCAACUCUGCUUAUUGAUCCCUGUGACCAGUUCUUUGUCACCAAAAUAUGAAAAACACUUGUUUUGAUUUAGUGUCACAAACUGCCAUUUGGCAUAAAAUACAAGGUAUUUUAAAUUAAAACGUAGACUGAUAAUAUUUCCUUUUGCCUGCAAAACCAUAUUGUCUGCGACUUUACACUUGUUGGCAUGAAGCCAGAUCCGCAAAGAUUAAUAGAAACUGGGGCUUUAUGUUACGGGUGCAAACCCCAGCAUUUGUUUGCCAUGCUCCACCAAGUUAAAGACUUGCACCUAGCAGGUGCUUGUGUUGUUCAAUUAAUUCCAUUCCCUCCAUCACUACAGUCUUUUGUGAAACUUGGCUACAUUAAGCUGUAGCUCAUCGUAAACCAAUAGGUCCACACUUAGCCCAAGGCUCAGUGAGUGGGAUCAAAGUGCGGUUCUGGUUAAAUCCCCCGUUUGUAAUUUAUAAAAUUGGAAGUGGUUCCAGUUCAGGAGUGCGCAGUAACUAAAUCCAAUAAUUUGUUCCAUUGUUAAUUUUUAAGUGGUGUCUGGUGAAAGAUGCAACAUUCUGCAUUGAAGCAUUAUAUUGGAGGUGAAGUAGGAGCAGCUGAUGAACAGACACUUUAGACCAAAUUUAAAAAAAAAAAAAUCUCCACCACAGAUGUAUGCUUAUGUGGAUGAAUCCCAUCCACACCAGACACACUUUGGCAUUCCUUUCACUAUGAUAGUCAUAUCUCUGUGUGUGUGUGCCUUUUUGAAAAGCCACUUUGAACCUUUUUGGCCAGUUGGAAACUGUUUGAGACAUUUUGGUUUUCACAGACCACCAGACAACUUAUUUCUCAUUUAAGUUUUAUCGCCUUGUGAGUGUCCACCUGUUUGCUUCAGGGUAAUAAUCCAUGCCACUAUCUGAGGUUCUUCAAUAAGGCCCCCCUUCCCCCCCCUUUCUCUACAGAUUUGUGCCUUACUGGACCCCUGCCCAAUUGCCUUCAGAAUUGCUGUGGCUUCAUUUGGAAAAGCCUUUUUUCAUACCUUUUGGUAUGUACCAGCAUUGACCGUGGGGGGAAGGUGGCUCAUUCAAUAUUGUUUUUGUCUUAUCUAAAAAUUUGUAUGCAUAUAGCCCCAUUAUAUAUAUAUGUAGAAACUACGAAUGUAAGUCAGUUAGAUGCCUAAUAUCCUUGCUAGGUAAUGUAGCUCUAUUAGGUGUAUUGUGGUUAGGGGAAGAACUGUAUUCAGCCUUUGUCUUAUAGUCCCCAUUCACCUCCAUUUAGUCUUGGCUCCAUAAGGACAGUGGUGUUUGGGGUGUAAUUUAACCAUGUUCUGUUAAUCUAUAUUUUGCCUAUAUAUUCAUUUAUCUUUCCUUUUUAAUGUUAGCAUUUACAUGUGUAUUACUUCUUAGCUUUACCUAUAGUAGAGGCUGGGUUUGAUCAUUAUCACAGUGCCUUUACUCCUUGAGUUAGUAAUCUGAGGCUGAAACACUUCUGGCUUGAUCAGCUGACUGUGUUUACCACUCAUUCAGGUGUUUUAUCUUACCUGUCUGCAAUGAUGCCAUCCCAUUAUAUUCAGGUUGUUCUACCUGGGAGAGGGCAUGUUGGAGGCAUUUGUCACUUGAUAGUAGCACCAGUCUUUGGCUGUGUCUGAAAACCCAGCGUAUCAUUUUUCUUAAAUACAGGAUGAGAUGAUUACAGGGUGGGGUGCCCCUCACCUGUUCCCCGUCUGUGUCCACUGCAGUCACAGUCGGGUUCUUUAGUGCACUUUUCCUUAAGCUGGCAACGUCCACGUUGGCACCAUCACACUGAAGUCUUAAAUGUUGUCACAUUCCUGUGUGCCUCAAGCACCAUUUUCCACAGCCUCAACCACUGUAGUCUUGGACCAGAUACAGAUGCGUUCUGUUUCUAUUUUUGUAAAAGAUUAUUAUGCAUGGUUUAACGAAGCCUCAUGUAGCUGCAGACGGUUAUUGCAGUUAAGGACCAAAGUAUCUUCUACGCCUCUUGUUUUGUAGUGUUGUGAUUUCUUAGGAUUUUUUUUUCCCCCCCAUAUUUCCUGCUAUUCCACAGAAGCACAAGGCUUCAGUUUCCUUUUUUCUGUUCCUCAGAUUCCUUGGACAAAAGUCACAUGAAGUAGAAAUGUGUUGAGUAACAGUGUAUACUGUAUAUUGUACCCCUUUGGUUUGACUUUACAUAGAGCCUGCUUUGGUAGAGAUCACUUUAGAAUGGAUACUUAAUUGAUCCACAGUCUUAGCUGUGAUGUUGACAGUGUAGAUUAUAUACCUUUGAAUUUUUGUUUAAAAGCUUUUAAUUUACUCUCCUUUUUAUACGGGGGUGGGGUGGAGUUGUAUGAUGUGGGCUUGCUGGUUGUAUAUAUUCAUGUUUUUGUAUCACAGUCAUUUGGAUUAUAUCAAAACAUGUAUAUUUUGAUAAAACAGUACACACCUAUUGAGCUCACUGGAGCUGUGAAAACAAAAAAAAAAAAGUUGUAACACAAAGACAUUAAACCUAUCUCACCAGA